CUUUUAAAUUCUAUAAUUUAAUUUUAUUUACUUAAUUAAAGACAAAUUAAUUAAGUAAAUAAAUUAAAUUAAUGUGCAUACAUAGUUGACAUAUUUUGUUUAUUUAAUCCAGAAUAGGCUUUACCCCCGGAAGGAAAAAAGUGAUCAGCAGCGAUCAGUAAUCAACACACAGCAACACUUGUGUGCAUAGAAACAAAAAUAAAUUUUCAGGAAUUUGUUUAUUUGAAUACAACCGCUAAUCACCAAACAUUUGAAUUUUUUCCCACUGACUGAUAGCUUGUAAACAAAGUAUUCAUCUAUUGUAAUGAGAUUAAGUGAGCGUUACACUCAAUGCUGACCAACAAACUAGCAGCAUUGGAAAAGAGAAAUCAGUCUUGAAUUAUUCUUCGUCCAGAUCUUUACUACCUAAUUGUUGCAAUGGAUGUAAACGACGUCAUAAGAAAUAAAAUGAUUAUAAAAAAACCUGCUAAGACUUCAAAUUAUAAAGUCAAUGAUAAUCCAAUACCUCAGAGAAAAGUAAAAUCUACCGCGAGAAAUGCUGGUUUGUACGAACCAGAUAAUUUUGAUUUAUCUGAUAUUGAAUUGCCUAAAAAAACUUCAACGGAAGCUCAAAUAACAUCGCAAAUUUUUGAGAUCAAUGGUGGCGAUACUUUUACUGACCGAUCGAUGGUUGAAAACUGGAAUAAAAUAGUUGACUCUCGGGGUAAUAACGCAAAAAAUUUUAAGGGGCCAAAAGAUAAUUGUUUUAAAAAAAACCCACUUAUGAGAGGAUUAUUGCUGCAAAAAAUGAAUGAAUUGAAACUAGCAGAUGACGAAUCAUCACAUUCGGCAAGUGGUAAGGAUACAAAAAAUAAUGAUGUGAAUGGUGAUAAUAUUGACGGUCCUUACUUGAUCCAAAGUGUUGAGGAUCCAGACUUUUAUUACUUACGUGAUACUUCAAAACGUGAGAAAGUUGUUGACGAUGAGUUUAGAUUUUCUUUUCGAGGUACUAAAAAAACUACGACACCCCGCGGGUAUGCUAUCAAUGAAGUUACUGAGGCCGAUUUUGUAUAUACGAAAAAGUAAUUACGGGUCAUAUUAAUUCCCCUGAUCACUCGUUCAUUAACGCAUAUAUUUUUUUUAUUGUUGCUAUUUUAAAUUAUGAAUCCCCAUGUAAUUUAUUUAUAUUUAUUGACAACAAUCUAUUUAAACAUACAACAAAAGUGAUAAGCUUAGUAUUAUAUAUGAGAAAUAAAGACAUACAGACAUGAUAUUUUGACUUGUCCUUUUUUUGUUUGUAGGUUGUUAAUGGCGCAAAUACAUUCGUCCGAUAAUCUUAUUGAUCAACUGUUUUUACAUUUAAAAAAUUUUAUUUAAAUUUAAAUCAACUUGCACUUGAUCUUAAUUAAUAAAUCGAAUCAAUUGUUAAAGUGCCUUUAUAAUAUAAAUUAUCAAUUUAAAUAUUAAAUGUAUUUUAAUAUUAAUGCGAAUAGCUAAUUAAUUAAUUAUUUAAUAAAAAUAACCCGAUCACAUCACAAUGCAAAUUUAUCAUUUUCAUUUUUACGAUAAAUUUUUUUUAAAAUUAUCAUUUAUUGAUGAAAGCAACAAAUAAUUUUCCAUUUGAUCGAUUGAAAAAAUAAUUAUGCAAUUUUCCAUUAAAACCCAUGGAUAUUUUAUAUUCAUACAUUUGCCAAAAAUGAAAUUACUUUAUUACGCAGACAUUAAGUACAAACUAGUGUAACGAUGGAGUCAUGAGGAAGUACAUUUUUUAUACAUGAGUAAUUUUUUUUUAAUCUGAAUAAAAUUUUAAAAAAUCAUUGGGGUUUGUCGUUCACAAACGUGAGAGUCUAUUUUAAAAAUUUAAAAUACUUAUGUUUUACUUGAUUUUAAUAUGCUCACAUACGAGGUUUCGGAGUAAUAAAACAAUAUUUGUUACCAUUGUCAUUAAUGUUCAUUUAAUUAUAAACAAAAAUCUUUUACUUUUAUACAUUUAAUAAACCAAGCUGUUAAAUAAAUACCGAUUAAUUUAAAUAACCACAAUUGUUUACUACCUCAUAAUAAAUUACAUUAUCAAUAAAUAUUGACGAGUGUUUCAAAAAUAAUUAAAGUUAUGUAUAAAAAGUAGAUAUCAUCCCCUUUCUGGGUAAACCUCGUACUUACUUUUUUAUUUAUAAUUAAAAUUAUGAGUGAAAAAAAUUCUUUAGUACUGCUAUUGCAUUAAAAAAGGUUCAAAUUUAAAUAAUUAUAACAGAAUGUUCGAGAGACUUUUGAAUUUUAAUAUUUCCAUUAACGCACGUGUAACAGAAUAGAUAUUUUGACCGAUUUUUAAAAAAAUUAUAAUUUUGCAGUUGCGAGAUUUACCCAGAAAGGGAACGAUAUAUUUAAAUUGAUAUCAUAUGGUAAUAAAAUAGAACUUAUUAUUAUUAAAAUAAUGUACACUGUCAAAUUAUUUAGAUUUUCAAGGAUACUUGUCAUGUAAAUUCAAUAAAAUUUAUUAAUUUCACCUGAAUAUCAAUUUUUUACCGAUUCAAAAAAAUUAAACUUUUAAAUAAAGAUAUUGAGUUGGAUUUUAAUUUUUUAAAUUUUUUAAAUCCACUGAUGACUUUAAUUAAAAAAUCUUAAUUAGUUUUAAAUAAUUGCGAGCUUACUUAAAUCUUGCUAUGAAAUUUCUUGUAUUUAAAAACCGAUCCAUGAAAAAAAAAAAAAUAAAAUAUAUUGUAAUUUAAAUUGUCAUGAGAUUUAUGACUUGAAAAUUCAAAGUAAUUUAAAAAUAAGUAAUUUAAUUAAUAUUUUAUACUUUUUGCUGAUUUGAAUUUGUUAAUUUAAAGGUGAAUUUUUAACAACGAGUACAAUAAUGUAAUUUAUAUAUCGACAUAAAGGUUAAUGAUCAAUUAUCAACCCGAGUAUUUUUUCUCACCUGUAAAUUUAAAAAAAAUGAGUAGUAUUAGAAUAUAUAAGAUAAGUUGACUAGUAAGAAGAGUGUGAAUACGUGAAAGUGUUGAUUGUGAAAUGUCAGGACGGAAUCUGGUGUCGGAGUAUGUCGGAGUAGUUUUACUAAAACCGAGUGGGAAUGUAUGAGGUAGCGGCUAGUCGGGUUGUUACAUACGUGUAGACAUUACACGUGAACAGUCACCAUCAACAUCAACAGUUAAUACAAGAACGAGCAACGAGGAAGGAACAAACAAGUUUUUCUCUUUAUAUACCUGAUAAAACUAAUAAUAAUAA